UCUGAAACAUACUCCACAAAUCUAGAAAACUCAUUUCUAUCUUGAAACAAAGAUUACAUUAACUUCUCUAACAAGUGAUCACAUUGUCAGAUGGUGUUGAACCUGUGAUGAAGUAAAAGUCUCAAGGAUUUUCUCAUAUAAACUCUGUGAAAACAUUUCCUCAUAGGUCUGUGCAGUCAAUGUUAAGUGCUAUAAAUCCAUCUAGUGUGCUCUUUGAUGUUAGCAUUUAUCAUACCAUUUUAUAUUCAUUCCAGUUCAUAUAAUUAAUAAUCUCCUCCUUCCAUACAUGUACAUAGUAGGAAGAGAUCCUGAAGGACAGGACAAGGGUUCAUUAACAAAAUAUUCCUAGUGCUUACUACCAUUUCCAUUAAGUAAAUAAAUAAAAACAUAAGCAUAUCUCUCAGAAAUUUUUAGUAGCUUUAAUUAAGACUGCCUCCCAUUAAAUUUUAUUCUAUGGUUCAAAUCUUUUGAAAUAAAUUUAUAUUCUAACUAUUUGAUCUUACACAUUUGAUUGUUUUCUGAGCAUUUUAUCAUGCAUGGCCUUGAAAAUCUUCCUUUCUACAUUUUUAUCUGAAAUACUUGUGAAAAUACUGAUCCUGAAAUACGAAAGGAGAUCCCUGUAUUGCACACCUGGAAUUCUCUGGCUGGAAAUGUACUCCAUUAGCAGUGAAAUUACUCAGCGGUGAAAGAUCAGGAUUGUCUUCCUAAGAAUGCAUUUCCACUUUCGUGGCUUCAUCCUUAGAUUUAUCCAAUAAUGGGCAAGUCAAGCCGCACACGUCUUGCUCUCAUUAUCUGCAACGAAGAGUUUGAUAGUCUUUCUAAAAUAAUGGGAGCUGAGGUUGACAUCAUAGGCAUGACGAUGCUGCUGCAAAAUCUGGGGUACAAGGUGGAUGUGAAAAGAAAUCUCACUGCUUGGGAAAUGACUACAGAGCUGGAGGCAUUUGCUCACCGCCCAGAGCACAAGACCUCUGACCGCACCUUCCUGGUGUUCUUGUCUCAUGGUGUUCGGGAAGGCAUUUGUGGGAAGAAAUACUCUGAGCAAGUCCCUGAUAUAUUACAACUCAAUGAAAUAUUUAAAAUGUUGAAUAGCAAGAACUGCCCAAGUUUGAAGGACAAACCCAAGGUGAUCAUCUUCGAGGCCUGCUGUGGUGAGAACUAUGGUGUGGUGUUGGUAAAAGAUUCAUUAUGAGUCUCUGAAAAUAUAUCUUUACCAACUCUGGGAGAGUUUCAGGAUGACGCUAUUAAGAAAGCCCACAUAGAGAAGGAUUUUAUUGCUUUCUGCUCUUCCGCAUCAGGUAACAGGUUUCCUGUACACAGAAUAUCUUUGUGGGUGUUAUCAAUAGAAAAACCCACAACCACCCACUAGAGGGUACAUAAGUGUACAGAACUUUAGAUAAGAUUUUUGAACACAAACGAAAGCUUUGUUCCAAGUCAUACACACAAUUCUCUUUAUCCACAGAGAGCAAGUAAGCACAUCUUUUCAUUGAGUUAGUAAUUAAUGAACUCCUCUCUGUUGCAAAAUAUUUUAGAACUGUGAGAGAUAACGAGAAUUAAAUGGAAGACGAUCCGCGCUGUAGCACAUUAGAAUCUGACUCUGCAUAGGAAAGGUCCUCCAUGUUGAGAUCAUUCACUGGACCAAUAGGCCCCGACAUCAAGUAUUCACAGGAGACAAGUAGAAGCAGUGUUCAGCAAAGUAGAAUAGCAAGCGAGGAACUUUGGGCCCCUAAAUUAAAGUGGGUUUUACCUAGAAGCAUGAAGUAUAUAAAGCAGAAUAUAUAUGCAUUAUUCUAAAGGUAUGCUUUGCAGUAAGAAUCUUGCUAUUAUUGACUCAUCUAGUCAUUUAGUACUUUGUAAACUAGCUCCACUUUUUUAUCCCUGGGCUUUCCUUGAAUUGCUCACUAAAAUAUAUGAAUGUAAAUAUCAUUUUUUUCUAUGGAUUAAAUAAAUUAAUAUAUGUGAAAUAUUGCACAUGACACAGAAAGAAGUACACGUUAAAGGACUGGUUUUAUUUAAAAUGUUUUUAUCGUAGAACUUAAUCCAGUUACUUUUCUU